AUGUCGACACCAGCAGGCUCUCCGCCAGCUAGUGGCUCGCUUUCCAUGCCCUCGCAAAACAAGCGUCGCAUCUCUUCGAAUCCUUCUACUCCGGGCGCGUCAACUCCAGGUGGUCCUUCAUCUAAGAAAUCAAAGGUCUCUGGGACUCCUUCGCUGUCACGAAAAUCGUCCAUUGCAGCUGCAGCUUCUAAAUCCCACCCAUUGCGACAAACAUCAUUCCCUCCCGAGAAUGCCGAUGCGGCUUCACGACGUCGGAGAAGUGCUAGUGUAACUUCAAAUGCAACUACGAGCUUCACUCGAGGGAAUAGCGUUGAUAGAGUGCUAGUUCCACCGCCGGGGAAUGGGAAAGAUGACGCUGCCGCUGGAAAGGCAGGGGAAGAUGAUGGCGAUGGGAGCGACGAAGAUAUCGGCGACGAACUAUUGACUAUCAUGAGGGUCGGGGAUAUGGAAGAUCUGGAACAGCAAAAAGAAGAAGAGCAAAAACGUCUAAAUGUUCUCAUGGACAACUUCGACGAAGAUCAGAUGGCCCGUUACGAAGCAUACCGCCGUGGAACCCUACAAAAAUCUGCCGUCAAGAAAGUAGCCAACCUUGUACUCGGCCAGUCUAUUAGCGCUAAUGUUGCAUCCGCUAUCGGUGGCUUCUCAAAGAUAUUUGCCGGAGAGAUGGUCGAGCGAGCGAAGGAAAUCCAAAAGGCAUGGGGAGACGACAAACCCGGUGCACCUUUGCUCCCAGAGCAUAUCAGAGAGGCAGCCCGGCGGUGGAGACUGGAAAAUGGGAAAACGGCAGGGGACCAUGUUGCAGCUAUGGAAAAUGGGAAUAGGAGGAAUGUCGUCGGCGGGAUGGGUGGGAAGCUGUUCAAGUGA